GGAGCGUCGGUCCCAGGCGGCGGCACGUCGGCAGCAGGCGUCCGCGCGGUGGUCCCAGGCGUUGACGCGAUGGGCGGCGAGGAGGUGGCAUGCGGCGGCGCGGUGGUCCCAGGCGGCGGCGCGUCGGCCGCAGGCACGGUGGUCCCAGGCGACGGCGCCUCGGCAGCAGGCAUCCGCACGACGGUCCCAGGCAUCGACUCAUUGGGGGAGGUUGGCCGGUGAUGGCGAAGCUGCUCUUCUUCUGCUGCCGCGCGGCCGCCGCCGUGCCGGGCCACUUUGCGAGCACGCGGUCGGGCGGCCGCCCGUGCUCCGUCGAUGUCGUCUUCACUACGAAUAGCUGUCAACACGCCGUCGCCGGCGCAGUGUACGACGACAUCGUGGGCGCGUACCGCGGGUUCAUGCCGUCGCGGACGCGCGCGUUCCUCGUCAUCCACCGUGGCCCGCUCGAGCCGCACGUCCGCUGCCCCUACUGCGGCGCCCGCGUCUGGAGCAUGACCGCCGCGGGGCUCGCCCGCCUCUCCUCCUCUUCCUCCAGCGACGGCGAGCGAAGCGCCGACUCCGACUCCAACCACAGCGACGACGAGUCAUUCGCCGCCGCUGACGUGAGCCUCCCACUUCCUCUGGCUAGCCGCGUGUCAGGCCGGCGCCUUCGAGGCAGGCCGGCCAUGUGACGCAUCAAGCAUUAGCGGUAGUUUUUUUUUUACCGGUGGAUUGGGAUAGUAUUAUUUGGAGUGAGGGCAAUUUAGUCAUUCUUGUAAAAUGUUUUGUU